AUGGAAGAGAUGGGGAAGACUGAUAUCCAGCUGCAGAGACCUAUAAAGACUGAGUGGAAUCCCCGGUGUGUCCUCUUCACCUAUUUCCAAGGGGACAUCGGCAGCGUAGUGGACGAACACUUCUCCAGAGCUCUGAGCAAUGUCAAGAGCCCCCAGGGAUUGAGCCCCUUGAGCCAGAGCACAGACGUGAUCCUGAGGAAUGAUAGUGACAUGCCUCCGAAUCAGUGGCGUUUCUCUUCUCCGUGGACAAAGCCAGAGCCAGAAGCGUCUUUUGCAUAUGGUGCCACCAACUGCAGCUUGAAUGGGCCCAGUCUCAUGACUCCGGAUCAGUACCCAGUGUCCCUGGCGGGCAGCCCCUCCGUUCAGUCUGACGAGCUGUGGCAUUACCCCUCCCUAGGCAGCCCCAGCUCCUCAGAGCCUGGCUACUCUCAGGCCUACUCCAGUGCGCACACGGUUCCAGAGCCCCAGCCUGACGGGAAAUAUGAGCCCUUCCUAAGUCUCCUCCAGCAAGACCGACACCUAGCCCAUCCUCAGGAAUCCACAGUGUGGGAGGAUUGCAGCUCUGCCCAGGUAGCCAGAAGCGUGGGGUUGCUCUGCGACUUGCCUCCCGGCUCAGCCCACGGUGAGGAAAUGCCUCCAGAUACUUGCAGGACUGCCUCUGACUGGUUGUAG